AGAUGGCUAGCAAAAUAUAUGACUAACUAAGCUAUUUUGACAGUUCGUCUACCAACUCCUUUGUUUACGUUAGGCUAACUGUAUUACCCAAGAAGUACAACUAGCCAAUCUGGGUCACAUAUCUAACGUACGCCAACGAAUAUUGUAGCUAAAUGAUGUCAAUUUAUGGCAUGUGAGGGUGUUAGACGUUAGACAUCAUCUUCAUGUUGUCGCUACCACCGCUCUGUCCCUUCAUUGUUUAGUGUGAGCUAGAACGUGGACAGAUAGCUUUAGGUGCCCAAGCCAAUAGCUGUCCAGCGUUGAGGCAAGAGCCUACGGAGUUUUGGUCAGAGCAGCGUUGAAGCCUACUUCACCGGGCUACAUGCAUUGUUAAUGUAACUAUUGCAUGUCUACCAUUCCACACAGGCUUAACCUGUUCCAUUUCUCCAGGCCCAUUCAACUGCCGUGCCCUGUUCUAAUAUUUCCUGUGGGCCCGGGGUGUGUGUGGGAGAGAGAGAGAGAGAGAGAGAGAGAGAGAGAGAGAGAGAGAGAAUCGACAUGUGGGAUCAGAGGUCCCACCAACCAGCCAUAAGAGGCUUAGACACCUCACACGUCCAAAUGAAAGUGAGGAGAUUAAUAGUAAGGUAUGGUGUGAACGUCAGAGCUAAAGGAGAGAAGAAGCAGAGAAAAAGAGGGAUUGGAGAGGAAGAGAGAGGAGGUCUAGGUUGUCCAGACUGGAGAGAAGGAACAGAAGUGGUGGCAGUGAGAAUGGAGGACGACCAGGAGAAGCCAGCCUUAACCCCACCUGUGUUCGUCUUCCAGAAAGACAAAGCCCAGAAGAGGCCAGCAGAGGGAUGCAGUGCAGAGGAUGGAGGAGACUCUACAAGAGAUGACAGGAGUUACUGUCCGCCAGUCAAGAGGGAGAGGACCUUGUCUCUAAACCAGAACUCAUCCUCACACUCAGAGGAGAAAACAGGAGGAUUUCGCCUGAAGCCUCCUACUCUGAUCCAUGGCCAGGCACCCAGUGCAGGUGUUCCCAGCCAGAAGCCCAAGGAGGAGCACCAUCGUAGUGUCCUCCGACCAGCAGUCCUACAGGCCCCCACCAGCACCACGCUACCACACACAGGUGUGAACAGCGGGACCAACGGUGUGAACUGCUCAUCGGAAACCCCCGCCGUCUCCCACGGCGACACCGACGACCACGCCUGCAGCACGGACGACACGCACGUGUCCCGGGAGUGUAAGAGCAGGAGUGAGAGCCAGAGAGGGAGAGGAGGGAGGGUGGAGAGGAAGGAGAGGAAGGAGCCCCCUGCGGAGUUUGUGUUUGGACAGAACGUUAAGGACAGAGCCAAGGUGGACGACUGCAGCGAGUCAUCAGACAGUAAAGACAGUGGUGUGUCAGCAGACCCUCCUCCAGGAGAGACAAACUACUUCCUGCAGUACAUCAGCACUCCCAGCUCCCAGACUGCCGCCCCCGACUCAGACUCUUCGGCCAAGUUCGUGUUUGGGCAGAACAUGUCGGACCGGGUCCUGAGCCCUCCAGCAGAGGGCAGCACGGAGCCGCUUGGCCCCGCCCCCGGACAGCCCCGCCCUCCAGAGCGCAGCAUAGAGAAAGAGCCCAGUGCGGCGGUGGAGUCGCUGGAGGCUUCCGCGGCGGCCUACACCAAGGCCACGGCACGCCACUGCCUGCUGGAGAAGGUGGAGGUGAUCACGGGAGAGGAGGCGGAGAGCAACGUGCUGCAGAUCCAGUGUAAGCUGUUUGUGUUUGACAAGCUGUCCCAGUCAUGGGUGGAACGAGGCAGAGGGCUGCUCAGGCUCAACGACAUGGCCUCCACGGACGACGGGUCUCUGCAGUCCAGGCUGGUGAUGCGGACCCAGGGCAGCUUGCGCCUCAUCCUGAACACCAAGCUGUGGGCCCAGAUGCAGACAGAGAAGGCCGGAGAGAAGAGCCUCCGUAUCACAGCCAUGGACACGGAGGACCAGGGCCUGAAGGUGUUCCUCAUAGCGGCCAGUUCUAAGGACACAGGCCAGCUGUACGCCGCACUGCAUCACCGUAUACUGGCCCUCCGGAACCGCUCGGAACAGGACCCGGAGCCCCGCCCACCCCUGCCCCCUGGCCACGCCCCUCAGUCCAAUGAGGAUGACAGCGACGAGGACCGUGCCCUCAACCACGCCCCUGCUGCCACGACGACAGGCGCCGCCCCUAAUGCCACGGAGACGGGCCCUUCCGCCGGUGGUCUGUCUGAGGGAGCUGUGCCCCAGACCAGUGGCAGUUCGUAGCGCCAGCCCCCCCCCCACACCCGCUUUUGUGCUACAAUAGCCAGGACCCCUUCAGGCAUCUGUGUGGACACCUAGAUCAGGGUCUUGAAGGGGUCCUUACGGGGGUAGCACAGGCGGUCCCAAGACGGCCUGGAUUCACCUCCCUGACCCCCGACAGGGCUUCUGUCACAAACACUAAUGCUGCCAUGUUUAUAAGAGCUACAGCCCAGGAUCAGGUGGGGUCUACGUGCACACACAAGUACACGCACACACUAAAAUGCACAAAAACACGCACACACACAUUCAAACGCACACAGGUACACAAAAACACACAUACGAACACACACAUUCUACUACUGUAGAUGGUUAACUCAUCUAACUCUGCAGAUAUCUCUAAUAUCAGCCAUAUCUCUAGAGAUAUCCUUGACAUCUCAAGAUAUAUCUCACUUGUUUCUAAUGUAUUUGUCAUAUCUCUGGAAAUAUAUCUAAUAUUACUGUAUUAUCCCUAUCUUUAUUUCUUUUCCACUUUCCAGAUAUAUCUUUAGAUACUCACAUUUCUUUUAUCUCUAGUAUCUGAGAUACCUGUUGUCUUGGUUACAUAUCUAAGAUAUUGUAUAAAGGUGUACUGCUUUCAUGUUCUACAAGCCUUUGAUGUGAAAAUUUGUAUUUUUGACUACAUAAAAACAUACGAAGAAAAAGUUCCAAAAAAAGUACUUAGACACAUUGUUGUUUAAAAUGUAUAAAUCCUAUAAUAUGUAUAUUAUUGAACGAGAAGCCUUUUCAGUGUAGAAAAAAAUACAAAAUAUCCAAAUUUUCCUUAUUUUGUACUCUUCACUUAAGACAGUAGAAUCUUCAAUGUUGACUGUUUUGUCUAGUGUUCCAUUCUAGACAGUAGAAUCUUCAGUGUUAAUUGUUGGUCUUUAUUGUUCCAUGUUUUUGCUAUUAUGUUCUGUCUGGGCUGAUGUAGCAAACAUGUAGGAAGACAUACGUGUUUAGAUGACAUACAUGUGCCAGGAACAGUCCUCAUUGUGAAUGUAUGAUCUCCUAUGGAGCCUCAGUGCUCUCCAGCACUUUCCCUUCACUGUCUGUGCGACUGUGAUAAUACUAGAACUGUUCUCCCAUCAAUAUGAAUUUAAUAUGAGCAAAUGCUGGGGCUGGAUCUAGAGUUAGGUAUUGUUAACUAGUCAUAAUCCAAUUCUAUGUAGAAAAAAAAAAGAAUCUUAUGUAGACCAACAGUCAAUAGACUAA